ACACGAAUUGGGACGAUGAUAAAUUUAAACAAGAUUAUCAUAAAUUAAAAGAACAGGCAAAGAAAGAUGAAGAAGAUAAAGUUGAAGGUUUUAUACCGAUUACUGAUAGUAAUUCGGAAGAAGAGAAAGAAUCACUCAUGAAAAAUAUCCUCUGGCAAAUGGAUAAUGAUCGUAAAACAGGUGCGCUUAAGCAAUUGCAAGGGCACAUGUGGCAAGAAGCUUAUAAAACAACAGCAAUCAAAGGACAUGUUUACGAAGAUGUUCCUAAAGCAUUGGAAUCAUGGAUGAAUGAUGGAAAAAAAAUAUAUGUUUAUUCAAGUGGAAGCGUCGAAGCACAGAAAUUGCUUUUCGGCAACUCUGAACAGGGCGAUCUACUCAAGUAUUUUAGUGGAUUUUUUGACACAGAAAUAGGAGCUAAACAAGAGUGUGACAGUUACAAGAAUAUUUUAAGCAAAAUUGGAGAAAAACCUGAUAACGUAAUUUUUCUUACGGAUAUAGUACGGGAAGCUGCAGCUGCUAAAGAAGCAGGUCUAUUAUCUGUUAUAGUUAUACGCGAAGGUAAUGCUACCUUGACAGAUGAAGAAACAGUUGCAUACAUGACUAUUAAGUCUCUCCUAGAUUUAACAUUUCAAACAUCAACAAAGCGUCAAAAAUUAAAUCCUACGGAACCAGAAGAAAAAAAUGAAUCUGUUAAUCCAAAGAGCGGUGAGCCAAUGGAUACUUCUGAGGAUGUUGAAAUGUCUGAUGCUAGUGGAAAAAAAAAUGAAAAAACAGAAAUAACUAAGAGCCCUCAGCCUGAACAAGAGAUAAAAGCCCAGACAGAAGAAAAAGAUCAAAUUUCAUCUAAAAAAGAUGAAUCUACAAAAGAUAUAAAAGAUAUAGAAACAGUAACAAAUGUAAAACCUGAUGAAAAAGAGGCAUCUAUAGCUAAACAACCAGAAACUCCAACAAAAGUUGGAGUUACUUCAGUGGAAGAUGAUACCAUGGAUGUAGCAAGGAAUGAGCCUAUAUCAAAACCAACAGAAGAUACAAAAGAUACAAAAUCUGAGAUUAUACUUCAAAAUGAAACUGUCAAAGUUGUAAAGGAUGAUAAAAUUAGGGAUGAAAAUGUAUCUGAGAAAUCUGUAGAAAGUACAAGUGAAGAAAAAAAUGAAACGAAAGUAGAGGUAUCAACAAAUAAAGCAGUUACUAGUUCUAGUACAACAGAAAAAAAUAAUUCAGAAACAGAGGAAACAGUAACAAAAACAACACAGGUAUCUACAAAGAUAGAAAAUGCACCUUUACCUGAUGCAACUAAAAAUGGCGAUAAUAUUGCAAAAAUAGAUACAGAUAAACCUGCUGUGUCAACAGAGACAGAAGUUAAAGAUACUAAAAAUGAUUUAAAAGAUCAAGAAAAUAACGUUACAUCAGAGAAAAGUACAGAAGUUGAAACAAAGUCUGAAAAAAUUGAAGAAGAAUCAAAGAAAGCACAAUCGGAAAAGGAAAAUGUAGAAAUAAAACCAUCUUUACCUAAGGUCGAAAAACAUACUGAAAGUGCUGAAUCGAUAGAACAAGAAUCGAGCAAAGAAUCAGUGAAAGAAGAAACUGUGUCGGAUGAAGUGAAAGAUAAAAGUACAGUGGAAUCUGAUAAGAAAAAAUUAAAUGGAACAACACAAAAUGGAGACGAUGUGCCAGUGUCGGAUGAAAAUUUACACAGAAAUGGACUAAAUGAGGCAUCUUCAAGCGAACAACUCGUUUUAACAAGCAGUGAGGAAACACCUGCACAAAAUGAAGAAGACUGACUCUCAGCUUGCCCUUGGACUUAAGUAUAUUAAUAAGAAAAUAUACGUAUACACGACUUAAGACUACGAUUUUAAUUUACUAAAGUGCUGGAUGCGUCAAUUACUUCAUUCCACUAAAUAAAACAAUUUUCUAUUUAAUGAUUAUAUGCUGACAUACUGAUACACAUAUAAUGACGUUCAGUAAACUAACACUAUUCAUACAGUUGUAAAUAGCAUCACUUAUUAUAUGACUAUACAACGAUGACUGAUUAAAUGGCCCUGGAAAGUCAUUCAAUUCGAAGAUGAACAUAUCUGUCCAGUCAUGGGUAUUCUCUAUUUCUAUGGAAAAAAAAAGAAAGAAAAAAAAAUCAUUACAUUUUCAAACGUUUAAAAAACACGCACGUGUUUCGUGCAUACAACAAAAGAGAUUCAUGUCUAACAAGAUCCAGUUGAUUUUCAUGAUUAGGCAAAUUCUUCAUUUAUUCAUUUAUUUAUCCAGUUUAUCCAGUUUUCACAAAAUUGACUGUGAUUUAACGAUAUUAAUAGACAUAGGAGACAAAUCGAUUCAUUACCCGUAUAUGAAGACUGCCUCCGAAAACGACUAUCCAUAUUGGAAAACUAUAUUACUAUUAUUAUUAUUAUAUUAUUAGUAGUUGUAAUAUUGUAACUAUUAUUACUAUUAUUAUUAUUAUUAUGAGUAUGAUUAUUAUUAUUAUUGGUAGUAAUAGUAGUGGUAAUAUUCUAACUAUUAUGAUUAUGAUUUUUUUUUUUUAAUUAUUAUUAUUAUUAUGACUAUAUUAAUGUUAUCGAGAUUAAAUAUAACAAUAUGUCCGAUUCAAGUCACUGUGAGAAUUGAAAAGAGCAUAGGCUGUAAGGAGUCAACAUUUUUGUGUCCUUUUUAUAUAUACACACACACACAUAUAUAUCUGUAUGUAUAUAUGUAUGUAUGUAUGUAUAUGUAUACAUAAAUAUAAUUCUUUCAUUUAUAUCUUGCCGGCGACUACGAUAGGGAAUUUUCUAAUGAUCUGUAAAAAAAAAACAUUGUGACAUUGAGAGCAUGAUGUGGAAGUCGAUUUGUUUUCAUGCGUAUUACAUAUGUGUAAGUGAACAUUAUAAUCAGAAUGUUUAUUGCGGAACUACACAACAAAUGAAUGCUCUCCUCGUUCGUUUAUAGGAAUUUUAAGAAAUAUGAAUGAUCUUGCCUGUUAAAAUUUAUAAACGAACGAAGUCUGUUUACGUCCUGGUUAUUCGAUGAUACAAACCUCGCAUAUUUUAUUUAUCAGAUAUCUUUGCCGCGAUGGUUAAAUAUUCUAAAUGAUUACUACAACUACCAUUGGAUAUAUAAGAAACUCGAAAAAAGAAAAAGAAAAAAAAAAAAAAAGAAAAGAAAGCAAACAAAAUGUCAAUGAAAAGACAAGAAAAAAAGAAGGCAAAUCUGAAAAAUUCUUUUCGUUGGGCCAAGAGACCAAGAUUUAAUCGAGGCAAUAAUACAAAAAGAUAAUCACAUUUCAAUUUAAAUCAUUCCAAUCGUCGUUCAUUCUCAAUCACAUCAGAAGUUUUUAAUAGGAAUAUUUCUUAUAAAACGUGUAAUGUGAAUUUUUGGUAUUAUGAUUGUAUAUUUGUAUUAACGAUCCUUGAACAACACAAACACCUAAUGUGUUAAAGAAAACCAUUAAAAUAUAAUAUCGACGAAGAUCUAUGGGAAAUAUACCAUGGUGGAAAUCGUAGAUGUAAGGAUCGAUAGAUUGAGUGUUGAAAAAAAAAAUCAAGGAUGGAAUUUAUUAUAUACGUCAACUGCAUGUUUUCUAAUAUUCCAGACUAAAUUCCAACGUUAUUUUAAUCGAUAAAGAAGCCAUGUGGUGAUAUAUUUUGAUUCUAUAUUUUAGUGGAUAAUUAUGUUUCAAACAGUGUACACGUAUUCUUUUUGAUAUAAGACAAUUAUUUCAAUUUCGUCAUAAGUCGAUGCCGAUCGAUUAAUUAAACUGUCGUUAAUUGUGUCAACCGCUUUACUGCCAUUCUUAAAAAAUACUUAUGAGGGAGAUACUAUAACGUGCUCUGAGUUUCUCUUGACUGACUUUCACGACAUCGCCUAAAAUCAUCACCCAUAUCAUCCAUAUUAAUAUUGCGUCAAUGGUCGGAUUAUCACGGAGCAUGUUGCAACAUCUCCCUACCAAAUUACAAUAAUAUUAAGCUGAUUAUUUAACUGUAUCGAAUAUUUCACUUGAAAUGUGUGUCAGACUGUUUCCUACUAAUAUUCUACAAAUAAAUGAUGUGUUUUUUAAGUUCAAAGAAUAAGUUUGAAAAGUAUCAAGCCAGAUAAAUUCGAAUGUUUAUUUACUAUUUUUUUUUUCCUUUUUUUUUUUUUUUUCUUUUUUUUUUACACGUACGUUAUAAGAUUGAAGUCGCAAUGUCAUUAAGCGUAAUUUGAGAAUUAUUCUUUUGGUUAGUAAUGCAUUGUUUAAUAAUAUCAUCAGGAAAGAGAAAGAUGUAAUCUGUGAGGGAAAAAAAGAAAAUAGAAAAAAAGAAAAAAAAAAGAAAAGAUAAACAAAAAAGGUGCGAUCGGCAUUACACACUGCCGUUAUUUAUUAUUUGUCGUUUGAAUUUACCGCCAAAUUAUGUAUUCUGCGUCUUUGUGACGUUACGCGCGUCCCCUUUUGAAACGUGCUCGUCGUCGUUCUACGUUCGUCUCUUAAUUAUUUUGAAGAAUUUGUUAAUUCUCUCUUCUACAAAUUUCAAUGUGUGCACUUGGCAGUUUCGUAAUUGCACAAAAGAGAGAUAAGAUUUGAGAUGAAAGAUUUAUGUAUAGGUUCAUGAACCUGACAACUGCACUUUCGUCCAAUAAUCCGUAAGAUCUAUCUCUCAUCAAUUUUUGGGGGGAAAAUAUACAUAAUUAUAAAAUAAAUCGUUUUAAAACCACCGAAGAUAUAAGAAUGCUUAUGAUAAAUAAUAAUAAUAAUAAUAAUAAUAAUAAUAAUAAUAAUAAUAAAAUAAUAAUAAUAAUAAUAAUAAUAAUAAUGAUAAUGAUAAUGAUAAUAAUUUUGUAUUAUUUAGUAACUAUUAUUUUUAAUUCUCAUUGGCUAAUACUUUAUUAUGUAAUACAUGGAUGUAAUCGUAGGAGAGAACGUAAGGACUUACUCGAUACACAUUUUACCCGAUUGUCAUAGAUAAAGAUUUUUUCACAAGAAAAAAACAGAAAGAGAGAGAGAGAGAGAGAGAGAGAGAGAGAGAAAGAGAAAGAGAGAGGGAUAAAGAGAUUCUUGCGAAAAUAAAAUGCAAAUCAUAUUACCUUGCUUCAACAGAUUAUUACAUUCUUUUUGUUACAAGACGGUUGUAGUUACUAUUACCAUUUCAGUGUUCCGAUAAACAUAUUUAUCCAUGACAUGACGAGGGCGAAAAAACUGUGCAUCAAAUUUAAGAAAGAUUCAUUGGACUUUAUAUAUAUAUAACAUUUAUUGAAUAUUAUUAAAAAAAUCCCAAAGAGAUGUACACUGUACAGGACGAAUCAAUAAAAUUUUGUUCUCUCGAAAUUCUGACUGCAUUGGUAGAGCAAAAUAAAUGAAUUUUGCAAGUAGAA